CCGGAGAAACACCAUAUAAAUGUGAACAUUGUGGAAAGAAAUUUAGAGAUAGUAAUACAUUAAAACUACAUUGGAUGAUACAUAUAAGUGAGGCCAUAUGAAUGUACACAUUGUGGAAAGAAGUUUAUAACCAGUUCCCUUAUGAAAAGACAUCUGAAGGUACAUACGGGAGAGACACCAUAUGAAUGUGAACAUUGUGGAAAGAAAUUUAAGGACAGCAGUGGAUUGAGAAAACACUUGAUUAUACAUACAGGAGAGACAUCAUAUAGAUGUGAACAUUGUGGAAAGAAAUGUAGAGAUAGUAGUACAUUGAAACUACAUCAGAUGGUACAUACAGGCGAGAAGCCAUAUGAAUGUACACAUUGUGGAAAGAAGUUUUUAACCAGUUACCUUGUGAGAAGACAUUUGAGGAUACAUACCGAAGAGACACCAUAUGAAUGUGAACAUUGUGGAAAGAAAUUUAGAUGUGGUAGUGGUUUAAAAAAACAUAUGAAGGUACAUAGAGACAAGAAGCCAUAUGAAUGUGAACAUUGUGGAAAGAAACUUAAGAACAGUGCUGUAUUGAAAAAGCACCUAAUGAUACAUACAGGAGAGACACCAUACCAAUGUGAAUAUUGUGGAAAGAAAUUUAGAGGUAUUAGUGACUUGAAAAAACAUUGGCGGGUCCAUACCGGAGAGACGCCUUAUGAAUGUAAACAUUGUGGAAAGAAGUAUAAACACGGUUUUCAGUUGACAGUACAUUUGAGGACACAUACCGGAGAGACACCAUAUCAAUGUGAACAGUGUGGAAAGAAAUUUAAAGAUGGUAGUGAAUGAGAAAACACUUGAAGAUACAUACAGGAGAGGUGCCAUAUGAUUGUGAACAUUGUGGAAAGAAAUGUAAGAACGUAAAUGUUUUAAAAAAACACUUGAAGAUACAUACAUUUGCAUGUACAUACAGGUGAAAAACCUUAUGUAUGAACUGGCAGAAAUUUUAUAACCAGAAAGGAAUUUAGAGAUGGUGGGGUGUUAAAAGGACAUUUAAGAAUACAUACAAGAGAGAUACCGUUUGAAUGUGAACAUUGUGGAAAGCAAUUUAGAGAUAGUGGGGUGUUAAAGUACAUUUAAGAAUACAUACAAGAGAUACACCGUUUGAAUGUGGACAUUGUGGAAAGCAAUUUAGAGAUAGUGGGGUGUUAAAAGUACAUUUAAGAAUACAUACAAGAGAUACACCGUUUGAAUGUGAAUAUUGUGGAAAGCAAUUUAGAGAUAGUGGGGUGUUAAAAGUACAUUUAAGAAUACAUACAAGAGAUACACCGUUUGAAUGUGAACAUUGUGGAAAGCAAUUUAGAGAUAGUGGGGUGUUAAAAGUACAUAAGAAUACAUACAAGAGAUACACCGUUUGAAUGUGAACAUUGUGGAAAGCAAUUUAGAGAUAGUGGGGUGUUAAAAGUACAUUUAAGAAUACAUACAGGUGAGAAACCUUUUGAAUGUACACAUUGUAGAAAGAAGUUUAUAACCAAUUCCAGUAUGAAAAGACAUGUUAAGAUACAUACAAGAGGGUCCAAAUUUUGAUAUGAACUUUUGAACGUGAACAUUGGAAAGCUGUUAACCAAUUCAGACAAAUACAGGAGAGAAACUUUUUUAGAUGACAUGUGAAUUGUGUAAAGAAAUUAUAGAACAAAAAAUAUCUGGUAUCAGAAGAUACAUACAGGAGAUACUCUAUAUAACUUUUGUGAGCAUACUCUUUGUUAGGUACAAAUAAAAAGAAUUUGGAUGUUGACAACGUUGUUGAAAUUAAUAAAAUAAGUAAACAACUAUGUUUGGAAUUUUA